AUGAUAUUCCCGUCUAAACAAAAGACAGUUGAUGACAUCAUAUCGACCACCAAGCUCGCUAUUCCCGAUAAGGAUCAGGCAAAAAGUAACUUCGGUGUUUUAUUUUUUUCUAAUAGCCAGUGCGGAGUUGGGAAGAAUGUUAUGUUAACCCAAAAGUGGUCGAUAGAUUCCCUGCCCAAAGUUAUGCCUAUGUGUCAGCGGGCGGAAAAGGCGUGGUUUCGAUUGGGCGGGACGAGGGAAGGAGAUAGGACAUCGCGGAUGUUCCUCAUUCAAAUUUCGCAGCUGUCUGGAGUGGCGAGAAUUUUCGGCGGGAUUAAGAGUUAUCUGGGGCCGUAA